GAGAGCCAGGAGCAGCUCCUCCCUUAUGACCGGCUGCCUCCUUAUAAGCCUCCUCAACCAAAGCUGCCCAGGUCAGUCCCGGAGCUGCCUCACCUGGGUUCCUGCCCUUUCCCGGGGCCGUGGUGGCUGGGGGGAGCCCCUUGCCCCUGCGCUGCUUUGCUGCUUCCAGCCCGUCAGCGGGGCUCGGGCAUUUACUGCAGGAAAAGCUUGUCUCCUAGCAAGAAUAAUCGCCUGCUUUUUUCUCCCCCCAGAACGAAGGGCAACCUUCUGCUUGGCACAAAGCAGCCUCCUCGCCCCAUCCUCCCCGCUGCAUUGGCCUCCAGGGUCUCUUGUACCGUGACUUCGUGCUGGGCCGAUGCAAUCAGGGUCCCGAAGUGGCUGGGUCCGUGGCUGAGGGUCUCUCUGCGGCACCGACCGACGAGGGUGAGCCCGGCUGGGCUGUGAUUCCAGCCUCCGCAUCCUCCAUCGUCCUGUCCGGGCGGCUCUGCUCCGGGGUUUAUUGGUCUGGGUUCGGGGAUGGGGAUGGGACUUUUCCCCUUUUUCUCUGCAUCCCCCAGCUGAAACCAGCCCUUCGGGGCCCUCUGGCCCAGUCUCGCAGACUUGGCCCUUCUGUCUCUGUGCACCACGAUUCUCGUCCCCUUUGCUUGUGGCUUGGAAAUAUUAACAUUUCCACCCCCCCUCCCACCUUUCCACAGGGAAGCUCAGGUUGCUCAUUCAGGUGCUGCAUCGCUCCCGCCCGGAGCCUGGCUCGGGUCCUACGUCUGACUGCUCGGCUCUGCCUCUGAGGUCUGGCCGCUCCGGAGUCGCUCGGGGGGACGGCGAGGUCUUAUUGCACCCUGUCCCUUGGCCGGCCGGGCUGUGGGUCGGUCUGCCCGCAGCGCAGGGAGCUGCACGUGUCCAGGUGGGGCCACGACUCGCGCGGCGCCGUGGCCAUGUCGCGGGUGGGCGACAUGCAGGUGUUCAGGCCGGAGAUGCUGGCGUUCAGCCUCUGGGACUACGGGGUCUUCGGGCUCAUGCUGCUGGUAUCCACGGGCAUCGGGCUCUUCUACGCCCUCGCCAAAGGCGAGCAGAAGACCUCGGACGACUUCUUCACGGGGGGCCGGCAGAUGCCGGCCGUGCCCGUGGGGCUCUCGCUGUCGGCCAGCUUCAUGUCGGCCAUCCAGGUGCUGGGCGUGCCGGCCGAAGCCUACCGCUACGGCCUCAAGUUCCUCUGGAUGUGCCUGGGGCAGGCGCUCAGCACCCUGCUGACGGCCUUCGUCUUCCUGCCCGUCUUCUACCGCCUGGGGCUGACCAGCACGUACGAGUACCUGGAGCUGCGCUUCAGCAAGGAGGCUCGCCUGUGCGGCACCGUCCAGUACAUCGUGGCCACGGUGCUGUACACGGGCGUCGUCAUCUACGCCCCGGCCCUGAUCCUCAACCAAGUGACAGGGCUGGACAUCUGGGCAUCGCUGCUGUCCACAGGAGCCGUCUGCACCUUCUACACCACCAUUGGUGGGAUGAAGGCGGUGGUCUGGACGGACGUCUUCCAGGUGUUCGUGAUGCUCUCCGGGUUCGUCGCCAUCGCCAUCCAGGGCACGUUGAUGGUGGGAAGCCCCGGAGCGGUCCUGGGUGCCGCGUACAACCACUCCCGAGUGAACUUUGCUGACUUCGACCCCGACCCCCGGAGCCGCUACACCUUCUGGACUUUCCUCUUCGGGGGCACGCUGGUCUGGCUGUCCAUGUACAGUGUGAACCAGGCGCAGGUCCAGCGCUACGUGGCCUGCCAGACGGAGCGCGAAGCCAAGCUCGCUCUGCUGGUGAAUCAAGUGGGCCUCUGCUGCAUCGUGUCCAGCGCCGUGACCUGCGGCAUUGUGAUGUUUGCGCUCUACAAGGACUGCGACCCGCUCCUGGCCGGAUACAUCUCUGCCCCCGACCAGUACAUGCCCUACCUGGUCCUGGACAUCUUCGAGCGGUACCCAGGCGUGCCCGGCCUCUUCCUGGCAUGUGCGUACAGCGGGACCCUCAGCACGGCAUCCACCAGCAUCAACGCCAUGGCGGCCGUCACUGUGGAGGACCUCAUCAAGCCCCGGGUGCCGGCCCUGUCCCCCCGGACCCUCAUCCUCAUCUCCAAGGGGCUCUCGCUGACCUACGGCAUCGCGUGCAUCACAGUGGCAGCCCUGUCCUCGUUGCUGGGGGGCGGUGUGCUCCAGGCCUCCUUUACCAUCAUGGGGGUGAUCAGCGGCCCCUUGCUGGGCGCCUUCGUGCUGGGGAUGUUCAUCCCAGCCUGCACCACGGCCGGAGCGUUCACGGGACUGGGGGCCGGCUUCGUCCUGUCCUUCUGGGUGGCUGUGGGGGGCACCCUGUACCCCCCUGGUGCUGCCACCAUGGGGGUGCUGCCCACGUACGGCAGCCUCUGCCCACUCUACAACGCCAGCCACGGCCCCAACGGCACCAUUGUCCUGGGGCCGCUGCCCCCCCGCAACGUCUCGGUGCCCACGGACAGGCCGGUCGCUGGCGACAACUUCUAUGCCAUGUCCUACCUGUACUACGGCGCCCUGGGCACGCUGUCCACGGUGGUUGUGGGCGUGCUCGCCAGCUACCUGACAGGUCCUGCGACGCAGCACCGCGUGCGGCCCGGGGUGCUGUGGUGGGACAUCGUGAAGCAGACGUCCUUGGCGGCCCCCGCCAGCGGGAAGAGCCCUUUUGGUCACAGCCCAGAUAAGGUUCCCUCAUCCACCUGCCCGAUCUUGGUGCCUGGGCACAGCUCGGAGCCCUGCCAGGCACUGCUGUUCAGCCAGGUGGAGGUGGGCACCGGGGAGCCCCUCUGGGCCUGCAGCUCCGUGGACCACCUGCUCAGGGAGACCAACGUGUAG